AUCAGCCGGAGACCCGAGAUAAAGUCACACAGAAGAAACCUCCCAGAGAAAUAUGAAGUGUGAGGAAGAGGAGGGUCUGGAUGACGAGCAGGUCUGUAACGAGGAGAGGAACUCCAGUCUGGACCAGGAGGACCCAGAACCUCCACAGCUUAAAGAGGAGCAGGAGGAACUCUGCAUCAGUCAGGAGGGAGAGCAGCUUGUAGUAAAGCAGGAGACUGAAGGCAUCAUCGUCUGGACUGGGGAAGAGCUGGAUAUCAUGUGGAAGCCUGAAAUAAAAUUACACAGAAUAGAUGUCCCACAACAAUAUAUAUGUGUGAACUCCAGUCUGGACCAGGACAACCCAGAACCUCCACAGAUUAAAGAGGAAGAGGAGGAAAUCUACACUAGUCAGGAGGGAGAGCAGCUUGUACUGAAGCAGGAGACUGAUACCGUUAUAGUGACUCCUAUUUAUGAGGACAGUGACCACAGUGAACUAGAACCAAACUAUGAGCAGCUCCUUUCUUACAACUCUCCUGAACCAGAGAGCCCAGAUCAGGAGGAAAGGCAGCACAUGGACUCAGAAUCAACUAGGAAUGCAGUGCCGAAGAAGAGGAAACAUCACAGAAACAGAAGUCACAGUAACAGAGUAGAAAACUCUCCAGUGUCAGAGAGUCAGUCUGAAAGUGACACAAGUAAAAAGUCAUUAAAAUGUGACACUUGUGGAAAAACUUUUCAGUAUAAAUAUAGACUGACUAAGCAUCUAAGAGUUCACACAGGUGAGAAACCUUAUUCUUGUAGCAUUUGUGGGAAAACAUUCAGUCAGCUGAUACAUGUGAAAACCCACAUGGCAGUCCACACAGGUGAAAAGCCAUUUGCUUGUAGCUCUUGCGGGAGACGAUUCAGAAAAAAAUCAACACUAGAACUUCAUGAAAGAAUUCACACAGGUGAGAAACCCUAUUCUUGUGGCACCUGUGGGAAAGGAUUCAGCCAGAUGAUACACCUAAAAACACACAUGAGAAUCCAUACAGGUGAGAAACCAUAUUCUUGUAAAACGUGUGGGAAAAAAUUUAGCGACUCGUCAGCAUUCAGAGUUCAUGUUAGAAUUCACACUGGUGAGAAGCCGUAUUCUUGUAUCGCCUGUGGGAAAAGUUUCAGUCACAUGAUAAAUUUAAAAACUCACAUGAGGAUUCACACAGGUGAGAAGCCCUAUUCUUGUGGGACCUGUGGGAAAGGAUUCAGUCAGAGAAAACACUUGAAAACUCACAUGAGAAUCCACACAGGUGAAAAGCCAUAUUCUUGUAACACCUGUGGGAAAGAAUUUAGAGAUCAGUCGACAUUAAGAAAACACAUGAGAAUCCACACAGGUGAGAAGCCAGGUUCUUGUAACACCUGUGAAAAAAGAUGCAGCCAGAUGACAAACAUGAAAACUCACAUGAGAUUUCACACAGCUUAAAAGUUUCAUUCUUAAAACAUAUGGGAGAGCUGCCAGGAUGGUAGAACUCACAUUGGUGAGAAGCCAAAUCACUGCAAUGCCUGAGGGAAAACCUGACCUUGUAUUCAGGUCAAUGCGGUAAAUCUCCCAAACAGUAAUAAAGUCUUUCCAUUGUUUGUUCCAUGUAUUUGCCUUAUUCUUAUGAUGUAGUAGAAACCCUAAUUUUAUAUUUGUCUGAACUAUAUAUGUAAUGUAGUGCUGGUGAGGUGACAAACAUUUGUUGUAGAUUGAGGUUAUUCAGUCUUUUAACUUAACAGCUUUGUUACAGAAAAAAAAAUAUUUAUUGGGUACAUCUUGCUUUUUAUAGCCAAGAUUUGAUUCCUCUAUUGUUGAAUAAAGAGAUUUUAUUACAGAGGAUUAAAAGCUGGAAAGUGACACAUAAACCAAAAAACAUGUGCCUUUAUGGACUUGAGGUCAGCUCAUUCACUAUAUUGCCAAAAGUAUUUGCUCAUCUGCCUUGAAUUUGAGUGACAUCCCAUUCUUAAUCCAUAGGGUUUAAUAUGAUGUUGGCCCACUCUUUGCAGCAAUAACAGCUUUUUCUAUAACUCUUGUGGGAAGGAUUUCCACAGGUUUAGGAGUGUUUAUGUGAAUUUUUGACCAUUCUUCCAGAAGUGCAUUUGUGAGGUCAGACACUGAUGUUGGAUGUGCCUGGCUCUCAAUCUCCACUCUAAU